AUGGAGGAUGGCCACCUCACAGCGCCCUGUCAUGAGCCGUCUGCUGUGGCUGCCGGUGAUGACCGCGAGCUCAUCAUCUGGAGGGGGUCGCAGUACAGCGUGAAGGCGCUGGCCGCACUCCACCUCAAGGGCUUUGCGCGGCCGAGCGUUGACUACAGACUAUCUGUGGCCCCGCUCGACUUCAAGUCUCGGAGGGUCCUGCUGCCGGCACCGCACACGGUGCCCGUGUUGCGCUGGGAUGGCGAGGUGAUCACAGGGACGAACGUGUGCGCUUUCCUCGACAGCCGCUUUCCCGGGGAGGCCGCGCUCUACCCCGAAGGGUGCGCCGACGAGGUGCGCAGGCUGGAGGGCGAGUGCGCCGUCAUCUACUGGCUCAAUGGCUGGCUUUCGUUUGUUGACCCGGACGGCUUCGAGCGCUACGCCGGCGCCCUCGCGCGCAGACACAUCGACAGCGGCGGGGCCGGGGCCGCCGCGAAGGUUGCGGGGCGGCUGCUGCCGAGGCGCGUUGUGGGGCGCGUUGUGAACCGCGAGGUCGCGAAAAUUUCCUGA